AUGGCAAAACCGUUGCAAAAGGAGAGAGAUAACAGAUCAGCCGAGAAAAAAGAUUUUACCUUCCAUCCCUAUAACAUAACACCAGAAAGUGCGCAUACCUCAAUCCUUCUUCUGGAAUCUGCUGAGCCUGAGAUAUUAUGUCAAACAUUAAGAGCCAUAACGAAAUUUGCGGCCCAAGAGUUACAAAAUCGCCACGUACUGUUCAAUUUGGAUGCAAUAAAGUAUAUUUUGCCACACAUAGAACAUCCUGAGGUGAAUAUAAGACGUUUCGCUUUAAAAGCUUUGGCACAGCUUUGCCAGUUACCUCGAGGACCUGAACAAGUGUUGGUCAAUCCACAGAACUUGAGAAAAAUUGCCUUUAUGCUAGUGAAAGUUGAGGAUGUUUUCGUGUUGGAGUUUGCCUCAUUAGUUUUGUCUGAACUCACAAAAGAACCUCUGGGCUGUGAACAAUUAGUAUCAGCAAAUAUUCUUAACAGUUUAUGUUCGCGAAUGAAGAAUAGUCUCGAUCCAGACGUGCAGAAGAAUUGCUUGCAGACAUUGAGUAAUCUUCUAGAAGAUCCAGUUUGCGCGACAGAAGUUACGAAAAAUCAACAAUUUAGUUGGCCAUCGUUACUAGCGCUUAUGCAAAGCAAAUAUCUUGCGAUACAACACGCGGCUUUAAAGACUGUUGACCAGCUGAUAUGUAGAUACAAGGACCAAAAUGUGCAGAAAACAUUCCAGGCAUCCACUGGAGUAUUGGAUCUAUGCGAUAUUUUAGAGUCUUACGAAUUUCGGGACGUUCAUACUCAAGUACUUGGAGUGUUACGGAAUUAUGCGGAAACGGAAGAAAACGCGGCGCAUCUCUACCAAUCUGGCUGUAUCUUGCGACUGCUGGCGUAUCUGGAAAUGGCUCUCCCGGCGAUGAAACCGCAUUGCCUGGCUGUACUCACUAAGAUGUCUUUCACUUCUAAUGGCAGAGAUGCUCUGUACCAAACUGGCACCGACCUGGUGUUCUGUCACCAAUUGCUCAGUUCCAACGUGGAGCUUCUAGCGGACGCCGCGUUGGGGGUAGCGAACAUGACCAAGCUCCUACCGGCGGCCGUGCGCAUGUCUGAUACCAAUAUCAUUGAGGCGCUUUGUGCGAUACUAAGCGAUGAUGGCGCAGUUUGGUUCUACAUCCGCAUGAACGCACUCAGAGCUUUGGCAGAACUUUGUCGAAUCAUCCCUAAAGCUGCAUUCAGUGUAAUAGAGCCUAAGACGUUUGCAUCUUUACGGAAUAUUAAUAAAAAAUUCAAAGACACUCCAAUAGAAGCCCAGCGGCUCGCGGUACAAUGCUACAUCAACCUGCAGAGCUACCACGUCAGCACUAAAGCUAUGCUCAAUGCUGACUUUAUGCAGGAGCUAUUGAAUAUUUUACAGCGGAUUGAUAUUAAUCUUAAAAUAAUGACAUGCACUGUUCUAAGUGGUCUCAUGAAAGAAGAAAUUGCGCGAGACCUGUUCACAUCUAAACAGGGAGAACAGGUAGUAUCGAGCAACUUACGCGUGGAACAUGUGGGCUUGCGCACUGCUCUGUGUACGCUGAUCUGUGCCAGUGUCACUGAUGAGGGAGCUGACGUGUAUCUGGACUUGGGAACUAUUCACUAUAUGGUAGAAAAUAAGCAAGCAAGAUAUGUGGUAGGGGCUUGGGAACCCGCCUUAGAAGCUAUAUUUCGCCAUCAUGCUUCUGCGAAGUUGGCGUACACUGGCCGCUUGGAUAUCAAUGAUUUUACACAGGAAGGUUUUUAUGUACAAAAACAUCUUAGCAGUUCGUUUCCCACAAUCCAAAACCUAUCGAAGGCUUCUACUCCUUACCUUGACCCUGUCUUCAUAUGUAUGUUCCGUCAGCCUUAUGAUGUCAUCUCUGGCGUAGAUAUUAGAUCGCCGUAUCAUCACUCAGAGUCUAGAAUCAAUAUGUCUCAAUCGAGUCGCAUACGUUUUCCCGUCUUACCCGAUGACGCUAAUUUGCGAAACUACUUGCUACGUUUGCGUAUUUGGUUUGGUGAUCCGUUAGUAAAAUAUUGU